AUGGAUUUCACCCGGCUGGCAGUAGGGAGGCCCCACGGGCCUCUCCCGGAAGUGGGCGUAUGGGCGGAGCACACCUGGCCCGCGUCGGGGGUGGAGCGUGCCUCCUCUGAGCUCCUAGGCAGUGGGUCCCAGGUCUCAGGGGUCUCCACUGCAACUGGGAAUGCCCAUUUCGUGGGCUCCUGGAUCCCCAUCGAUCAGCAUCCAGUGAGCGGAGCGGAGGGGUACGGACCACAGUUGGUAAAGAGUCUGCCUGCAAUACGGGAGACCCGGGUUCAAUCCCUGGGUCGGGAAGAUCUCCUGGAAAAGGAAAUGACAGCCCACUCCAGUAUUCUUGCCUGA